GAGCGAGGCAGAGACACAGAGAGGGGAUUGAGAGGAGCAGGAGAGGAGGCUAUCUCUGGGCUGCUCUCCACAGCGUCUGGCUUUCACUAAAAGGUCUAUGACCGUGUUUUUCCUUGUUUGCCUAAUUUAUUCCUGCCGGGGCCAGCAGAAAGAAAGGCGGAAAAGAAGAAGAAGAAAAAAAGGACGGGCAGAAUAGUAAAGAGUGCAACAGUACACCCUGACUCGCUGACAGGGAAUGCGGAGAGGUUCUGGCCUCUGGUUGUUACUGCUGGAUGGACAAGCACUGACAAAACAAGAGACAACACUUUGUGGAGCUUUAAGAGAGGAGGAGAUUUAUCAACUUUUUUGUUUUGGCUCGUUUUUUCAUCUGUGACAUUUGGGCCUCUGACACUACAGUCUAAAGAUUUGAAGGAGCCACAAGAAAACAUUACAGAAGAAAGAAGGACUUUUUGAUAAACUUUGUUGCAACAGAGACAUGACUCCAGAAGUGAAAGGAGUCUUUCUCAUUGUUUCUUAAUUUAAUUAUCAAUGGUGGGAUCAGUUCCUGCUGGAUCCUUUUGGGCACAGAGAUGUUCCUGAGUCAGAAUACUGAUUUUUUGAUCUAUAAAAGCUGAUGUGGCCCUGUGGUCAUCUCUUCAAUGAAUGCCAAAGAUAUAAACUAAAUAAAAUUUCCAAAACUUCCCAUAGGUCCUUUUUUCCGUUUUGGGACGAAUGUUUGAGCCGUUCCAGAGCAAAAACAUUAUCUUAUUUCUCCACUUCAAUCAGCUCUGCUGCUGCAACAACCUCAACAAGUCAGGAGUGAGUCUGGACUGGAACUGCCUCAGAUCAGCAGAUAACACCUCUGCACGGCAGGAACUGGUUGGACUAGUUUACAAGUUGGAGGAGAGGGCAGGGCAGUUUAACCCUGCCUGAAGGAGAGCUGUGUUUUAUUUUCCUCCCACUUGCCUGUCCUUCUGGGAGAAAGUCGAGCGCUAAGAGAGGGGCACAGUUUCUUUUUCAUUUGAGUGUUUCGUCCUUUGUCACUAUGCUUAAGGAUAGUUUUCUCAGAGUUCGGGAGCCAUCGAUCGGAGGUCAGGGCAGAGAACACAAGGGUGAAAGACAAGAACAGAGAGAGCAGAGGGAUUAAAGAAGAGCCAUAGAAAAAACAGCACUGGGAAGGACCUCCAGGUCAUUACAACCAGACGGCAAAGGGGAGAAAGGUCAACACAAGAAAGUCCGGAACGACUUUUAACCCACUGCGAGAUCUUCUUAGACAAAACCUGCUCUUCAAGCAAACGUGGAGCCACUGUUUUUGUGUGGAAUCAGUUUUUAGACUUUGAGGGUAGUUGGAAGCUGAGGGACAGGGCGGGUCUGUGUAUGAUCCACUCACAGGGCUGUGUUUUUUAGAAAAUAUGGCCAUGGUGAGCGGGGGAUGGGGCAACCCCAACGGGGACACUAAUGGACUUGGGGAGAAGGCUUACCUGAGAAGGGAGGAAGAGGACGGUUCACCCCGGGCUGGGAGCAGUGAUGUGGACGUCGGGGAUGAGGACAAGGCGUGCGUGGUGGACUGUGUGGUGUGUGGGGACAAGUCCAGCGGGAAGCACUAUGGGGUGUUCACCUGCGAGGGCUGCAAGAGCUUCUUCAAGAGGAGCAUCAGACGAAACCUCAACUACUCGUGCAGAUCAAAUCGAGAAUGCCAAAUCGACCAGCAUCACCGCAACCAGUGCCAGUACUGUCGUCUGAAGAAAUGUUUCCGUGUAGGAAUGCGCAAAGAAGCAGUCCAGAGGGGUCGAAUCCCUCCAUCUCACUCAGGUAUCAGUCCCAACUCCCUGGCAGGUGGGGUCGGAGGUGCAGGGCCAGGUCACAUUGGGGCGGACUACUUCAACGGGCAGCCGGUGUCAGAGCUCAUCUCCCAGCUCCUCCGGGCCGAGCCGUACCCCAGCAGCCGCUAUGGGACCCCGUACAGUCAGGCACAGAUGCAGGCAUCUGCGAGCGGAGCCCCUGUCAUGGGCAUCGACAGCAUCUGUGAGCUGGCUGCCCGACUCCUCUUCAGCACCAUUGAGUGGGCCAGAAACAUCCCAUACUUCCCAGAGCUGCCGGUCUCAGAGCAGGUGGCGCUGCUGAGACUGAGCUGGAGCGAGCUCUUCAUCCUGAACGCAGCUCAGUCUGCUCUGCCUCUGCACAUGGCUCCUUUGCUGGCGGCUGCUGGGUUCCACUCAUCUCCCAUGUCUGCUGAGCGUGUGGUGUCCUUCAUGGACCAGGUCAGGGUUUUCCAGGACCAGGUGGACAAGCUGAACAGGUUGCAAGUGGACUCAGCCGAGUACAGUUGCCUCAAAGCCAUUGCACUCUUUUCACCUGAUGCAUGUGGUCUGACAGACCCAGCCCAUGUGGAGUCCCUACAGGAGAAGGCCCAAGUCGCCCUAACAGAGUACGAAAGGUUGCAGUACCCCAACCAGCCUCAGCGCUUCGGCCGUUUACUGUUGCGCCUCCCGGCUUUGCGCGCCGUGCCAGCCAACCUCAUCUCCCAGCUCUUCUUCAUGCGGCUGGUGGGCAAGACACCCAUCGAGACGCUGAUCCGAGACAUGCAGCUAUCGGGGAGCUCCAUCAGCUGGCCCUAUGUACCGGGGCAGUGAACCCUGCUGACUCCAGAGUGACACACACUGAGAUCAGAUUGAGAGGAAUCAUAGCUCACUAAGAUUACAAAGUACAAAUUGAAUGUUUUGAAUACAAACUGGGAUGUCAGACGUUUGUGGUUCUUGUUUGUGAGUCAGCUUUUCCCACAUUAGCUCUGUAAAGAUUGGUUGAAGUCACACCAAAGCUGCUUUCAGGGAAACAAAAAUAUUUAAAUUGUGUUUAUAUGUGUUUGCAGCACUUGUCAGAUUUGCUCUGACCUCCAUCUGAUCUCUCUGUCUCAUUCUGGACAAAAACACAGGGCUCUAAUUAAAAUACAGACUCUAACAUGAGGCCAUGUGCCUGUACUACCUCCUCCCAUAUCACCCCUAAUGUGACUCAGUUUGAACCCAGGCUCUGUGUGAGUGUGUGUUUUCCCUCUGCUUUGUUUUUGAAAAUGAAGCCAUAGCAGUGCGACUUCUGCAGGCAGAGCUUUGUAUCUGGGACAUGUCGUGCAGAUCACUUGUCAUGUUUGAUAUGUGGGAUGAAAUAUCAGACUUUGUUACCAAAUGUAUUUGUGAAGACUGCAAAGCGUCGCCUUCUUCAGCAUGAAAACAAAGAGGCAUGGGCAUUGUGCUUUAUAUUGUACUAUUUGAAGUACAGUAUAAACAAGACAUGCUGUAUUUUCUCUGUUAUGUACUUAAAGGAAUAGUCCAACAUUUUGGGAACUACACGUAUUUGCUUUCUUGCAGAGUUAGAUGAGAAGAUUGAUUGCACUUAAGAUAUCAUUACAAGAAAUAUGAAGCAACAGCCAGUUAGUUAGCUUAGCUUAGUAAAAUUACUGGAAACGGGGGAACAGGUAUCCUCAGUUUGAAAAGAGCAAAGCAUCCCUAAAGGUCACUUAUUACCACAUUGUCGACUUUGCUCAACUGUAGAAUUAACAUGUUUUUAGCGGUAUGGGUCGGACAAUUUCUGGGCCCGGGACCAGUAACUUCCUGGAGUCUACACUUGUUGCAAUAGCCGGACAAAUAGCUCACAUAAUACGUGGAAUAGUUUUAUUAACACAUUGUUUUUUGUAUGGAAUCAACGAAUGAAAUAAAAGGUGUUACUUUGUAUGUUUUAGAGGUUCCGGUUAAGUGGAUGUGGCCAUAUGUGGACAGAGAUAGGCUAGUCGUUUCUAGUCUUUAUGCUAAGCUAAGCGAAGCUGCUGCUGUGUCCAGCUCUAUGUUUAUUGUAUUCUUUGCAAAGAAGUGAAUAAUCGUAUCCCCCUAAAAUGUCAGCUACUCCUUUAAUACAGCAUUUCAUACAGUGAUGUCUUUGCAGUUGUAAUCGACCGGAAUUGGAGGUGAAUGUACUAAAACACACCCUGGCUCCUCAGACAGUCACAUCCCUGUCAAACAUUAUUACCUCGUGUUUUAUACAUCAGAGACAAAAGAUUGUAUAUUCAUGUGCUAAAGAUAAAUAUAAAGGGAUCAACAGAAACCAUAAACACUAAUGUUCCCCUAUAGACUUGUCUGUCCACCGGACUUUGGCCAAAAUAUAUUUGCAAAUGUUUUGAAAUGUUAUUGUCAGAGGACACCCAAAGUUUGAUAUAUAAUUUACAGAAAGCUAAACUAAGUCAAGUGACCCUCUGAUUAUUCUCUGCAAGCUGGAGACUGUUUCCUCUGCUGUUAUAAAGGUAGAGAUAGUUUUUUUUUUUUCUUCACAUUCGUCCCCUUUUAAAAAAAGCACGGCCUAGAGUGGGCAGAGGUCACUUUCAGAUAAUUAUUAUGCUUAUGCAAGGUACUUAAAGUGUUGUAAGUGUUGUAAAGGUUAUGGUGUUUGCUGGUACUGAGAUAAAGGGUACUAAGUAGUCACAUUAGUGAGUUUUAUUACCAUGAAGCGCAGCUCAAUGUGACAAAUGUUUUUCUUGCCAAAUUAACUGACUGAAAGAAAAGACAAUGUAGGGGAAAAAUGUGUUUUUGGCACAACUUUUUGUAUUAUUCAUUUAAAAAGGUAACAAUGAUCCCUGAUGCUGUCAAAUAACUUCAUCAGCAGCUUUUCAUGCUGUCCUUGAAUCACUUUUUGUUAUUUGUUUGAAUAUAAACUAUAGUGAUUUGACUGUGUAGCUUUACUAUGAAAAGAAGCAUGUUUCUAUGACCAUGCCAAACCUAAAAAGUGCAAAAGAUGUUCAUAUGGCAGAUUUUUUUUUCUUUUUGCAUUACUAGAAAUAAAAGUAUGCACAUUU